AUGUACAAUAUUCUUGAGGAUUACUGUGACGAACAGGUUACCAAAAAUGGUCCACCGCUAAUUGCUAAACCAACCACCGCUAAACCAACCACCGCUAAACCAACCACCGCUAAACCAACCACCGCUAAACCAACCACCGCUAAACCAACCACCGCUAAACCAACCACCGCUAAACCAACCACCGCUAAACCAACCACCGCUAAACCAACCACCGCUAAACCAACCACCGCUAAACCAACCACCGCUAAACCAACCACCGCUAAACCAACCACCGCUAAACCAACCACCGCUAAACCAACCACCGCUAAACCAACCACCGCUAAACCAACCACCGCUAAACCAACCACCGCUAAACCAACCACCGCUAAACCAACCACCGCUAAACCAACCACCGCUAAACCAACCACCGCUAAACCAACCACCGUUUAA